CCCUAACCCUAACCCAUAUAUAUAUAGAUAAAAUAAGUGAAUGCAGUUUGAUAGCUGUCAACGAGAAGUGAGUACUUCAACAUAGAACAUAUAAAUAUGUGAUAUUACAAUGUAAUCAAAGUAACGUUGGCUUGAUGUAUUUUAUUGGAUAACAAGUCCAGGAACUCGACCAAUCACAUUGGACUUCAUUAAAGGUUGUGUAUUUGUGUAUUUGCGUAUUCGUGUAUUUGUGUGUGUCCACAGGUCCAGAUGUAGUCGAACAUCAGAUUGACAGACAGCUCUUUAGGGGGCGGAGCCUGCUGGUGGUGGUGAUGUCAAAGAGAGGAGCGGGGGGGCGAGGGAAGGGGGAGCGACCUGACGCCAUGGCAACUCUUCAAGCAGCCAAUGAGGAGCUGAGAACCAAACUGACGGAAAUCCAGAUCGAACUACAACAUGAAAAGAACAAGGUCAGCCGCCUGGAGAGAGAGAAGAGUCAGGAGCUGAAGGCGGAGCAUCACCGGGCAACGGUUGCCGUGACGGAGCUGAAGACCAAACUCCACGAAGAGAAGCAGAAGGAGCUGUGUGUGAGUAGAGAGACGCUACUACGGCAACACGAGAUGGAGCUGAUGAGAGUCAUCAAGAUCAAAGACGGAGAGAUUCAGCGUCUCAACGGCCUGGUGCUGAUGCUGAGGGACGGGUCCACGGACAAGGUGAGGAGUGCUCUGCUGGCAGAGGUGGAGGAUGCGAGGAGGAACUGGGAGGCGGAGCGUUGCCGCCUCCAGCAGGAGGUGCAGGAGCAAAGAGGAGCCAAGAGGAGCGCUGAGGAGGCUCUGACAUCAGCACAGCAGGCCUGCCAGGCCCGAGCAGCUGAGCUGAGAUCAGCUCAUCACCAUCACCAGGAGGAGCUGAACAGGACUAAGAGAGACUGUGAGAGGGAGAUACGCCGACUGAUGGAUGAGAUUAAGUUGAAGGACAGAGCUGUCAGUGUUUUGGAUAAAGCCCUGGGGCUGCAGGCUGGACACGCUCAUCGCCUCCAGCUGCAGACUCAGGCUGCUGAGCAGCAGAUCGCAGCCCUGAGAGAUGCACAAAGGGUUGGACUAAACUACCCUGGUCAAGCCCUUAACCCUACCCCUAACACUGCUCCUCACACCUCCCAGGAGGACCGGGACACGCGCAGGUUUCAGUUAAAAAUCGCUGAGCUCAGUGCUGUAGUCAGGAAGUUGGAGGAUCGAAAUGCUCUGCUGUCUGAAGAACGAAACGAACUGCUGAAGCGUCUGCGAGAGACAGAGAGUCAGUUUCUUCCUCUUCUGGACAAAAACAAAUGUCUGAGCAGGAAGAACGAGGAUCUGGAUCUCACGUUGCGUCGCCUCGACAACAAGCUUCGCUUCGUCACCCAGGAGAACAUGGAGAUGGUAACUAUGAGGAGACCGAGUUCUUUAAACGACCUGGACCGCAGCCACUCCAACAGUUACCAUGGUUACAGCCAGGAUGAGAGAGAGAUGGAGUUUCUACGUUUACAAGUUCUGGAGCAACAGCACAUCAUCGACGACUUGUCCAAGGUACUUAAACUACUACUACUACUACUACUUAUACUACUACUACUACUACUACUACUUUUAAUACUACUACUACAACAGCACAUCAUCGACGACUUGUCCAAGGUACUUAUACUACUACUACUACUACUCCUACUACUUUUAAUACUACUACUACAACAGCACAUCAUCGACGACUUGUCCAAGGCUCUGGAGACAGCUGGUUAUGUAAAGAAUGUUAUAGAGAGAGACAUGUUACUGAGACACAGACGUCAAGAAUCAGUCAGGAGGAAACGAACCUUCAAAGCCUGCAGGGUCAUAGAGACGUUCUAUGGCUAUGAUGAGGAAGUGUCUGUGGACUCUGAUGGAUCAUCUUUGUCAUUUCACACCGACAGAACUCCUGAUACAGAAACAGACGAGGUGUGUGUGCGUGAGGAGGAGGAGUUCCGUUACCGUCAGCUGACUCAGGAGUAUCAGGCGCUGCAGCGAGCGUACGCUCUGCUGACGGAGACGAGCGGAGUGAACUACGAUGCUGAGAAGGAGAUCAAGACCAGAGAGCAGUUGCUAACUGAAAUCAGUCAAUAUCAAACCAGAGUUGCAGACCUGGAGUCCGCACUGAAACAACAAGGACUGGAUGUGAAGUGGGUGGAGGAGAAGCAGGCAUUGUAUCAAAGGAAUCAAAAGCUGGUGGAGAAGGUGAAGCAAAUGGAAGGUGAAGAGCUGCAGCUGGAAAAUGAAAUCCAGGAUGUCAGAGAUCAGAACGAACUCCUGGAGUUUCGGAUCUUAGAGCUUGAGGAGAGAGAGCGACGCUCACCUGCCAUUAACUUCCAACAACUCCAUUUCCCAGAAGGCCUCAGUCCCCUACAAAUCUACUGCGAGGCAGAGGGAGUCCCUGACAUUGCGAUCAGUGAGUUGAUGAAGAAGCUGGACAUUCUGGGAGAUAACGCCGUAAGUAAUCUGUCCAAUGAGGAGCAGGUGGUGGUGAUCCAGGCCAGGACGGUUCUAACUCUAGCAGAAAAGUGGUUGGAGUCCAUUGAAGUGACAAAGUCGGCUCUGCAGCAGAAGAUGUUGGAUAUUGAAAGCGAGAAGGAUCUAUUCAGUAAACAGAAAGGCUACCUGGAUGAAGAGUUGGACUACAGGAAGCAGUCCAUGGAUCAGGCUCAUAAGAGGAUCCUGGAGCUUGAGGCCAUGUUGUUUGAGGCUCUGCAGCAGCAGGAGGAUUUCAGGAUGGAGGAAUUAAAGAUGGAACAGGGUCGUCUGUCCGAAACACUGACGGAGGAAGAGAGGGACGGGCUGAGGAGAGCAAUGGACCAAUGGAAACGAACUGUAAUGUGUGAGUUGAGAGAGAGAGACGCCCAGAUUCUCCGAGAGAGGAUGGAAUUACUGCAACUCAUACAACAGCGGAACAAGGAGCUGGAGGAAUGCAUAGAAGCACAGAAACGACAGAUUAAAGAGCUGGAAGAGAAGUUUCUAUUUCUGUUUCUAUUCUUCUCUUUGGCUUUCAUCCUCUGGUCCUAACAGCAGCUGGUGAGUCAAACAGCAACAUGGUUUACUGUUGGGCUUUCUGCAGGGGCAACACAUUUAAACGCUGGGCAACGGGUAACUACAGGGCAAUAAAGUCUACCCCAGGUACACAGGAUGUACUGAAGGUAUACAGAGGUUACUCCAGGUACACAGGAUGUACUGAAGGUAUACAGAGAGUACUGGGGAGACUGGCUCAGUGAAAGAGCGGGUCUAUCUUCAAUCAGAGGAUCGGCGGUUCGCUCCAAUAGUCGAUGUAUCCUUCUGCAAGACACCUUGCAUGGUGUAUGAAAGGGUGAGUUAAAGUACUGUACUGUACUGAAGGUAUACAGACUUUACUCGAGGUAUACAGGAUGUACUUAAGGUGUACAGAGGUUACUCCAAGUAUACAUACCAUACUGAAUGCAUACAGAGCGUAUUGAAGGUCUACUGAACGUAUACAAGGUGUACUGAAGGUAUACAGAAUUUACUCCAGGUGUAUAGGGAUUUACCCCAGGUGUGCCCCACUCUGUGUAUACAGUGUAUCCCAUGUAUACCGAGUGUACACCAGGUAUACCACAGGUAUACAGAGUGCACUGAAGAUAUAGAAUGUGAACUAAAGAUAUACAGGUAUAUCAGGUGUAAAAAAGGUAUACCGGGUGUAAUAAAGGUACACAGGUACACCCAACAUAUACCCCAGGUGGACAGAGUUCAACCCAGGUGUACAGGUUUUAUACCAGGUGAACAGGAUUUUCCCAGGCUUACAGAGUGUACCCCAGGUCUCAAAGAUUCACCCCAAAUAUAUAGAACAUACCUCAGGUCUACAGGGUUUAGUCCAGGUAUACAGAAUAUACCCCAGGUCUACAGAGUUUAGCCCAGGUAUACAUAGUGUACCCCAGGUCUAUAGAGUUUAGCCCGAGUGUACAGAAUGUAACCCAGGUCUACAGGGUUUAGCCCAGGUAUACAGAAUCUACACCAGGUCUAUAGGGUUUAGCCCAGGUGUACAGUGUACCCCAAGUUUACAGUGUUUCCUAUCACUUUGUUUUAGCUCAACAGCUGUCAAUGACUGUUUUAAUUAACAUACAUACCAUUGGAUCACAUCAACUUAAAGGUUUUAAUGUUCCAGUCUGUGUUUUAGUGUCUGCACACCUCCAGAGUCCAGCAGCUGAAAACUCAGCAGGGUCAGCUCAGUCUUGAUCAGACCAAGCAACCUGAGGAUUCAGAAGGAUUCACGGUAUGAACCAGCAGCUUACAGACUCGGGUAUGUUGGCUUCACUGCCCCACUGACCUGCUUCUGGCUGCUGUCAGCCAAUCAGAGCGGGACCCAGCUGUUAGCUGACUCUGGAACACAGUCACACCUCAAAGACGAAGACAUUGAUGGUUUCCAUGGCUACAGAUUGACGUUUCAGACAAGUGAAAACCAAAACCGGCAAUAUGCUUUGUAGCUUACUGUUAGCUACUGUUUACUGAGAACUUCUGGUUUAGAAACCUGAUAUGCAGCUGACAAACACAUUCUGGCCUCACGAGGCCCGCUGGACUAAAGUGGUGCCUGACUUCAUACAGUGUUAGAUCACCCAACUAGAAUUCAUGCAAUGUUAGCUCAGCUAGCUAGACGUCAUACAGCGUUAGCUAAGCUUGUAAAUAUUGCCAGCUAACUUAGCUGAAUUCUAACAGGUGACUUCAGUGUUAAGGUAGUUGAUUUGGUCAGUUACAGUCAACUAACCUGUUUGUGGGUGAAGGAAGCUUCAGGGACAGAUGCAAAGCGUGAUGAACAACCAUAGAUGCUCAGUAAAAUGGUUGCUAAGCUACCUUGAUGAAUUCACACAGUAGAAUCACUGUAGAAACACACUAUGAAACAUUACAAACAUUCUGCUCUAAAAUAUGGGUUCAGUUGAGUUUAACUUUUUCCUGAUUGUCUGAUCCACAUGCAGACUGGAGAGUCAACUAACAUUAUGGAACCUUUCAGCUCCACUCAUGGAUCUAUGGUUACAAUGUGUAACUUUUCAGCCCCCUUGAGUCAUCCCGGGACCAAAACUGAUGUAGGAAACAAUUUUUCAUGGCAUCAGGAGGUCUACUAGAGCUGCAACAACUGAACAACAGGAACACAGAGCUAGGAAAACCAUGUUCUGAUCUGAAGAAACAAAAAAGUCUGAAACAGGUUUUAAUGUCAGAAAUGUCAUCACUCUGCAGAGUUUAGAUUUUGCCCAGACUGCUCCACAUUAUAAAGUGGUGAGAUUUCACACAUUAACUAUGAGUUCAAACUGAAAGUGAAA